UUCUUCCUCGUUCAUCCUCAAUUACAACAUGUCCUCGCCAAAAUGUCUUUCCUUGACACACUCUUCUUUUAUGUUGUGUAUAUGGUGGACAAGUUUGAGUUAUGGCAUAGGCUGCCGGUGUUGCUGGGGCUGGCUUAUUUGGCUUUAAGAAGGCGGUUGCACCAGAGAUACAAUCUCCUGCAUGUCCAUGUCGGAACCAUGACUGGCACUAAAUAUGACGUUGACCAGUAUUCUCAUCGGACGGCUGAUGGCAAGUGCAAUCAUCCAACGGAUGAUAUUGUAGGCAGUCAAGGAACAGCUUUCGGUCGCAAUAUGCCUCCAUCCACCACCAACUUUGGGGUGCUGGAGCCUCAUCCAUCGGUUGUAGCCGCAAAGCUGUUGGAAAGAAGGAAAUUCGUAGACUGUGGAAAGCAAUUCAACAUGAUAGCUUGCUCUUGGUUACAGUUCAUGAUUCAUGACUGGAUUGAUCAUAUGGAGGACACGCACCAGGUUGAAAUUGUAGCUCCGACUGAGGUUGCUGGACAAUGUCCAUUGAAGUCGUAUAAGUUCUACAAGAGUAGAGAAAUUUCGACAGAAUCGCUUCAUACCAAGACUGGUUUUGUUAAUGCAAGGACGCCAUGGUGGGAUGGAAGUGUUAUUUAUGGAAAUGAUGAAGCGGGCAUGGAGAAGGUAAGAUCAUACAAAGAUGGAAAGUUGAAGAUUUCUAGAGAUGGACUUCUUGAACAUGACGAGAAAGGGAUUCCUGUAUCUGGGGACGUCCGCAAUUGUUGGGCUGGUUUCUCCCUCUUGCAAGCUUUAUUUAUUAAGGAGCAUAAUGUUGUUUGUGAUAUGCUAAAAGAGCAUUAUCCAGAUCUUAACGACGACAAGCUAUACCACCAUGCAAGAUUGAUAACUUCAGCCACUAUUGCCAAGAUCCACACCAUUGAUUGGACUGUUGAACUCUUGAAGACUGAUACCCUACUAGCAGCAAUGAGAAUCAACUGGUACGGCCUCUUGGGGAAGAAAGUGAAGGAUUCGUUUGGGAAUAUAUUCGGACCUGAAUUAAGCGGGUUGGUUGGUCUUAGAAGGCCACAAGAUCAUGGAGUCCCCUAUUCUUUGACAGAGGAGUUCGUAAGCGUCUACAGAAUGCACACAACACUACCCGACAAAAUAUUUCUCCGAAACAUCGAUCCCACGGCUUCAAAACACAAAUAUACUCCCCCGAUUCAAGAAGAGGUGAAUAUGAAGGACAUGAUUGGGAAAGAAGGAGAAAAAAGACUGUCUAAAAUUGGGAUGGAGAAGAUGUUGGUUUCUAUGGGUUAUCAAUCUUGUGGAGCUAUAACAUUGUGGAACUAUCCUUUGUGGAUGAGGAACCUUGUUGCACAUGAUAUCAAUGGAGAAGAGAGACCAGAUCUGGUGGACAUGGCUUCGAUGGAAAUUUAUAGAGAUAGAGAAAGGAAGAUUCCUCGAUACAAUGAGUUUAGGAAGAACAUGUUGAUGAUUCCUAUUAGCAAGUGGGACGAUUUGACCGACGAUGAAGAGGUUAUUGAAGCGCUCCAAGAAGUAUACGGAGAUGAUGUUGAGAAGCUUGAUCUGCUAGUGGGAAUGCAUGCAGAAAAGAAGAUAAAAGGGUUUGCCAUCAGUGAGACUGCUUUCUUCAUUUUUGUGUUGAUUGCUUCAAGGCGGCUUGAAGCAGAUCGGUUCUUUACAACCAACUUUAACUCACAAACGUACACCAAAGAAGGACUACAAUGGAUUAACAAGAUUGAGAGUCUGAAAGAUGUUAUUGAUCGACAUUUCCCUGAGAUGUCAAAGACUUGGAUGAGAUGUUCAAGCGCGUUCUCUGUGUGGGAUUCAGAUACAAAUGCUCGUAACUAUGUACCCUUAUAUUUGCGAUAAGCCUCGUGACAUGUUAAGCUCGGUGUGUACACUCGUUUUGGUAAUUUGGUGUAUCUUGCUAUGAAAUAAAGAAUAAAACUUAUCUUUCUCCC